GACCAGAGUAUGAUUCACGGCGGCUUUAUAAAAAGCUCCAACCACCAUUUGUCAGCCGGCCCUGCCAGCUGAGUGACGAACUUCCUGGUCACAUUAGUCGGCGCGGCUCGGCUCGGCUCGGCUCGGCUCGGCUCGGCUCGGCUCGGCUCGGCUCCGGUCGUCUCCUCUCUGGGAUGUUCGGUCCGGGACGCGGCGCGCGAGGCGCACGGGACGCGGCUCGGAGCGCGAGGAAGGGUCCACCGGCAUGAGGAGGGAGCGCGGGCCACGCAGCUUAACGAGCUGAGAUCAGAGGAGGCAGGACAGAUGCUGUUUACUCGGCGCUGCGCCGCCCAAGGACGUUAGGAGGAAGGCGAGCGGCGCGGAGCGGAGCGGAGCGGAGCAGACACACCGAGACGCCUCCCGGAUGGCGUUUUCCGGGGCCGGGGCCGGGGCUGCGGACAUCCUACGGAGGCAUGAGCCGGGGGACACGUUUGGGAAUCAUGCCUUGACUACAAAAGAGUAAUUAUCCGCGGAUAAACUGCAGCAGCACGUCAGAAGUAAAAAAAAAAAAAAAAAAAAAAAAAAAGGGGCCUCCUCGGAUGGAGCUGGAGCUGAGUGAGCUCUAAUCCGGCCACAAUCCUCCCUGACAGGCGGCGACGAGCGACGGCAAAGGGACGCUCUUUUCGCGAUUGAAGGAAUUUAUGGGAUCACAAGUCUCCUCUGAUGAGAUGAGUGUGUGUGCUGGCCAGGGCAGCGAUGAGGUGCUGGUUUCACAGGCGGUGUGGGAUUACCUGGCCGCGGCCGGGCGGCCCUGGCUCAUUGACUUCCAGCACAAGCAGGGGAUGAGUGCUGGGAUCAUUAGGCGAGGAGAGAGGGGGGGCUGCUGUGCCGUGCGGCUGCAGCCGGUAGCCGGGGUGAUGGAUGGCCCCAUCUCCAGUGAGACACGAAAAGCCUUCAUAGACUUAUGCCGUUGUGCCCGCAAAGAGAUGAGCAAACAGGAGGGGGGGUCCAAGAGGAAGAGGGCCCUGCUGCCCUGCGUGGGAGUCCUGGAGCCCAACGGAGAGGGAAGCCUGCUCCAGCCUCCACCACCGCAGCCCCGGCGCUCCCAGAGGCAGCAGCAGAGGUUCAGGAAGCCGGCCGACGAGGAGGCCUGCGCCAUGCUCCACGAGGCGGCCUACAGGAAGGACCUGGACCCCAGCCUCGCCUCUCACAGCGAGGCCGAGGACAAUAACACUUGUUCCAUCUGCAUGGGGGACGUGGUGGAAAGGACCACCUUGGAGAAAUGCGGUCACUCGUUCUGCCGCUCCUGCCUGGAUCAAGCUUUCAAGGUGAAGAAAGCGUGUCCCGUGUGUCGGCUGGUGUACGGACAGCUGAUCGGGAACCAGCCGGCCAACGGUUCGAUGAUUGUAGAGCGGGAUCCUGAUCUGGAGCUUCCUGGCCAUGAAGGAUUUGGGUGUAUCUGUAUCAUCUACAGCUUCCCCCCUGGCCUACAAGCGCCGGAACACCCCAACCCAGGCGUUCGGUACCCGGGAACAGACCGUGUGGCCUACCUCCCCGACAGCCCCGAGGGGAACCGAGUGCUGGGUCUGCUGCGCCGGGCCUUCGAACAGCGCCUUAUCUUCACCAUCGGUACCUCCAUGACUACGGGCAUGCAAAACGUCAUCACCUGGAAUGACAUUCACCACAAGACCUCAAUAUGGGGCGGGCCGCGCUGUUUCGGCUACCCGGACCCCACUUACCUGGUGCGAGUGACGGAGGAGCUCAGAGAGAAAGGCAUCACGGCCGACUGACGGCGCGACACGGACGGACGCAUUCUUCCAGGACUUUGUCGGACUUUCUCCGGGUGUCCUUGCCGUGGACAUGACUCAGCUCCAGGUUGAGCCCUGAGACUGCCUGUCCCUCAGAGGGCGGCUUAAGACAAAGACCUCAGCAGACAGGCUUGUAAUGCUGCAGCAGAGCCCAUAUCGCUCCACUAGUCCUCCCUCCGUUUGUUCUUUUUCCUCCAGAGUUCAGCUUAUCCCAGUGCUACACGUGGAAGAAAAUACUGUGAGUGCAGUGCAUUCUCGUAUUACUACAAUCCUCCUUCUGUCACUGCUGGCAAUAGGACUGAUACACAAUGCAGGUUUAUUUCAGAGCAUUGUGGCGCGUGGAAUUCAUGGUACUUAUAUAUUAUUUAGGCAAUCUAAGUUCUAUGUUAUAAAGAAAGUUUGUGUUAUAUUAAUGUUUAUUUUAUGCUUUGGUGGUUACUUAGUUCCUUACAAGCACACAUCCUUUGUUGUAUCCUCCAGAACUCUUCUUUUAAUAAGUCUGUUGAUUUGAUCGUUACUAAUGAAUCGUUCUGAGGACGGCACUCGGUUCACGCCGCAGGACAGCACUGCUUCUAUAAAACAGAAUUAAUUUUCUGAAGUUAUUGCAAUCUAAAGCACUCACAGGCACUUUGGCGAGGGAGUCAGUUUUUCAGUGGGGUCUCUGCGUCCUCUCUGUGAAGCGUGCUCGGGGUGAGCAGGUUCGAUCGGCUUCGAGCUCGCUGGCUACAAGUUGAUGUCAAGAACUCUUCGUUUGUGUGUGACCUUCAUCCUCUUACCCUGCUUUUAUUUUUUUGUAUUUUCUACCCGAAUAGGAAGAAUGUUGAAUGAUGUCUCAUUGCAGCUCUUUUUUUUUCUUAGUUUAAACAUGCUUUUCGGACUUCCCAAUGAGGGUUUUUUUUUUUUUUCUCCAAUCCUGUUAUUUGAAGAUGUCUCCCAGGUGUUGAGCCCAUUACCUCAGUUGAUAGUAAUAUGCUUCUCUGAUAACCAGAUUUAUGACGAUGUCAAAAAUGAAGGGCAUAUAGACCACUCAAACCAAAUGAAAGGCACAAAAGCUCUUUAAAUAUAUCUAUGCCUCCGUCCCUGUCAGACCGGGAGAUUUGCCUGCUAAUCUUCUCAUUUAAAAUGAGGUAAAAUGCUGUAAAUUUGUUUAAAUAGAUGAUCCAAGAUUCAAUGAGAAAAAGAAAAAAAAAAAAACAGCAAAAGAAAAUGUUGCGGGAACAAUUGAUCUAAUUUAGGGUGGGAUAUCGAUCUCAUUUUGUCGUGCCUUUCUUGUAUUCACUUUUGAUAAAAAGAAAAAAAUCAAGCAUGACGUUUCUGAAGAAUGGUGAGCAGUUUGGACAUAUUUCAGUGUUAUUUGAUAGAUAAUCAGCAUUAUGUUUGUAGCUGUACUAUCCGGCUUUUAGUACAAACACUGCAAAGCUACAGAAAAAUAUGUAAACUAAUGUGUUACUCAAUUAGUCUCUUCUUCAUAAACAUUAUCGUCGUCCAAAUGCUGAAAAUAACCCCUCCGAACUGGGAAAUCUGUGUGUGUGAAAGUGCUUUGUACGUGCAGUAACCUGCUUGGCUCGUGGCGAAUUUUGGAAUUAAUUUCACUUAAUCCAUACAAGCCAACACUUCUGUUGAGUUUCCAUCCUCUUUGUAUUUUAGUUUAAGGGACCAAGCGAAAUCUUUUUGGGACACAGGAUUGUAGUUUACUUAAGCUACUGUGCAAAACAUUUCUAUGCAUUACAUGGCUGAGGAGGAGCCAGGAGAGCGGACCGGAGGGGAGAGCUCACAUAUUACAAACUGAUUGUUAUUAAAGAAAAACUUUGGGGUUUUUUUGUUUUUCUAAUUGUGUUGAUUGGUACUUUGUUGAUAUUCAGAAUAAUGUGCUUUACAUUUUAAUACUUGAAUAAAAGGUUAUGUUUUG